GAGUCCGGCGCGGGUGCCCCGCAGGUGCCGGGACUGAGUGCGGCCCGAAACGCAGAGGCGGCCCUAUCCAUCCUGCUCCAGUUGUGGCGCCCAGAACUCCGCAGAGGACGCGACGGGGCGCCAUGCCCGGCCUGUACUGCCCGUCCAGCUGGACGCCGCUGCCCCUCACCGACUCCUGGGUCCGGGCCUGCGCCAACGGCCCCUGCCUCAGCCUGCGGGCGCGGCUCACCUACCACAACCCGCAGCCGCAGCCGGUGGAAGGCGUGUUCGUGUACCCGCUGGCGGAGGCCGAAGUGGUCUCGGGCUUCGAGGCGGAGGCGGCCGGACGGCGCGUCUCGUUCCAGCUGCAGAGCCGGCGACGCUCACAGGCCGCUUGCUGCCGCGCGCUGGGCCCCGGCUGGGGGGCCUCCACGCCCCGCCGCUGCGCGCAGGGUCAUCUUGUCUUGGAUCUGGCCCAGGCCCGGUCCACACUGGUGCUGCCCACCGGCCUCAUCAAUGCGGCCGGCACCAUGACGGUGACCCUGUGCAGCAGUCGGGAGCUGCCCUCCAGGCCCGAUGGGGUGCUGCGCGUGGCUCUGCCCUCUGUGCUCACCCCACUGGCCUCAUCAGGCCCACCGGGGCCCCCCAGGCCUCCGGGGCUCUGUGACGACAGGUUGGGCCUAUGCCCCACCAGCUGCUUCGGGGUGGGCAGCCCUCAGGAGGAAGGGCUGGCCGGGGAGGAGCCAGCUGCCCCUCAGGAUGUGUUCUCAGGCCCUGCCCGCUGCCCUGCCCCAUACACCUUCUCCUUCGAGAUGCUGGUCACUGGGCCAUGCCUCCUGGCAGGCCUGGACAGCCCCUCUCAUGCUCUGCGGGCAGAUGCCCCACCUCAUGCCAGCUCUGCAGCCACCCUCUGUGUCACACUAGCAGAGGGCCACCGCUGUGACCGGGCGUUGGAGAUCCUGCUGUACCCCAGUGAGCCUCACCAGCCACACCUGAUGCUAGAGGCUGGCAGCCUGAGCUCCGCAGAAUAUGAGGCCCAGGUGAGGGCCCGCCGGGACUUCCAGAGGCUGCAGCGAAGGGACAGUGAUGGGGACCGGCAGGUGUGGUUCCUGCAACGCCGCUUCCACAAGGACAUCCUGCUGAAUCCCGUGCUGGUGCUGAGCUUCUGCCCAGACCUGAGCUCCGGGCCGGGACACCUGGGACACCUGGGCACAGCCACCCGGGAGCUCCUCUUCCUGCUGGACGGCAGCAGUGUAGCGCACAAGGAUGCCAUUGUUUUGGCUGUGAAGUCCCUGCCCCCACAGACGCUCAUCAACCUGGCCGUGUUUGGCGCGGCGGUGCAGCCCCUCUUCCCAGAGAGCCAGCCGUGCAGCGAUGACACCGUGCAGCUGAUCUGUGAGAAUGUUGAGACCCUGCAGGCUGCAGGCGGCCCCCCAGAUGUGCUGGCUGCGCUGACCUGGGCCGUGGCGCAGCCCCAGCACAGGGCCCACCCCAGGCAGCUCUUCCUGCUGACUGCUGCCUCGCCCCUGGCCGCUGCUACCCAGCAAACCCUGGAGCUCAUGAGGUGGCACAGGGGGGCAGCCAGGUGCUUCUCCUUUGGGCUGGGGCCUGCCUGCCACCAGCUGCUUCAGGGUCUGUCUGCCCUCAGCAGGGGCCGGGCCUACUUCCCAAGGCCUGGGGAGAGGCUGCAGCCCAUGCUGGUGCAGGCUCUGCGGAAGGCACUGGAGCCCGCUCUGAGCGACAUCUCUGUGGACUGGUUUGUGCCGGAUGCAGUGGAGGCACUGCUCACGCCCCGGGAGAUCCCAGCACUCUACCCUGGGGACCAGCUGCUCGGUUACUGCUCACUCUUCAGGGUGGACGGCUUCCGGCCCCGCGCCCCAGGGGGCCCAGAACCUGGCUGGCAGAGCUUGGGAGGCUCCGUGUUCCCAUCCCCAGAGGAAGCACCAUCUGCCACCAGUCCUGGCACUGAGCCCACUGGCACCUCGGAGCUGCUGGGAACAGGCACUGUGUCAGCGGAGCUGUCCAACCUGUGGGCUGCUGGGGACUCAGAGCAGACAGGUGCCGAUGCUCUGACAGACCCAGUCACAGACCCCGGACCCAACACCUCCUCUGAUACAGCCAUAUGGCACCGCAUCUUCCAGUCAUCAUACAUCCGGGAGCAGUAUGUGCUCACCCACUGCUCCGCCAGCCCAGAGCCGGGUCCAGGUUCCACAGGCAGCAGCGAGUCCCCUGGCUCCUGGGGCCCUGGCUCCGCCGAGGGCAUGGCUCCCCUGCAUCUCCCUUCUCAGCAGGGCUGCCGCAGCCUGGCCUGGGGAGAACCUGCGGGCUCCCGCUCCUGCCCCCUGCCUCCACCCCCACUGGCUCCAGUCAAGUCUGGGGCCUUGAGUGCUGAGGUGCUGGGUCGUCGACACAGAGCAGCUCUGGCUGGCCGGAGCCUCUCAUCCCCACCAGGCCAGGUGAACCCAAUCCCUGGCCGUCCCCGGCACCCCUCUCUGGGAACAGCACCUGGUGGGCCAGGCCCCGAAUCAGGGCAGCAGCUGGGACAGGGCCUGGAUGACUCAGGAAACCUGCUCUCCCCGGCCCCUAUGGACUGGGACAUGUUGAUGGAACCCCCCUUCUUAUUCACGGCUAUGCCCCCCAAUGGGGAGUCGGCCCCUCCAGCAGAGGCACUGUCUCCUCAGGCUCCACGCUGCCAUGUAGUGAUCCGGGCCCUGUGUGGGGAGCAGCCUAUGUGCUGGGAGGUGGGUGUUGGCCUAGAGACACUAUGGGGACCCGGUGAUGCUGGCUCACCGCCUCUGUCACCCCCUGAAAGAGAAGGUGCUUGGGACCAAGCACUCCAUCGGCUGACAGCAGCCUCCGUGGUCCGGGACAAUGAGCAGCUGGCUCUCCGUGGAGGGGCUGAGGCCACGGCUGACCGAGGCCACGCCCGGAGGUCCUGGCUCCGAGCCCUUCAGACAAGCAAGGUCAGCUGGGCCCCUUCCUGCUUCACCUGCCCGGUAGCUGUGGACGCUACCACCAGGGAGGUCCUACCCUCAGCUCUGCAGGUGCGGAGCUCAGAGCUAGCUGAGCCCCCAAGCACUUCUCCUGCCCCUCAGGGCCAUCUAGAUGCAACUCCUCCGCCCACAGCUGUGCACUCUACAGGACUUCAGGGAGGCUCUCUGGUAGGCGGCUGGAACCCGAACCAAAAUGGCAAGCCCAAGUCGGCCACCAGAAGUCCUCAGCUCCUCCCCCCCCAGCCUCCCUCUAGGCUCAGCCUGGGCGGUGGGAGGGCCAGAGGCUCUGACGGCCCCCGACUCUGCAGCCCCCACCGGGGCCAGGCUAGCGGCAGCAACAGUGAAGGCGGCGGCCACGACUACUUGCCCUUGGUGCGGCUGCAGGAGGCACCCGGCUGCUUCCGCCUGGACGCGCCCUUCUGUGCGGCCGUGCGCAUCCCGCAGGAACGCCUGUGCCGCGCUUCGCCCUUCGCCGUGCACCGCGCCAGCCUCAGCCCCACCGCGGCCGCCUCUCCCUGGGCACUCCUGGGACCUGGGCUGGGCCAGGGGGACAGUGCCACGGCCUCCUGCAGCCCGUCCCCCAGCUCAGGCUCCGAGGGUCCAGGCCAGGUGGACAGCGGGAGGGGCUCAGACACCGAGGCCUCGGAGGGUGCGGAAGGGCUGGGCGGGGCCGACCUGCGGGGCCGGACCUGGGCCACGGCCGUGGCACUCGCGUGGCUGGAGCACCGCUGCGCUGCCGCCUUUGGCGAGUGGGAACUAGCAGCGGCUAAAGCGGACUUUUGGCUGCGGGCCCAGCGCCUGCCCGAUGGCCUUGACCUGGCUGCCCUCAAAGCGGCCGCCCGCGGUCUCUUCCUGCUGCUCCGCCACUGGGACCAGAACCUGCAGCUACACCUGCUGUGCUACAGCCCUGGGAACGUGUGAGGGCCCGCCCGCUGCCCUGGCUGGCGCCGCCCCCCACAGACUCCAGUCACUGCCACCCAGGGCGGGCUUCUCGGUACUGGGAGGGGCAGGCUGCUGUCUGGCCUGACCCCCACUGCUUCUCAUUCCCUUCCCAGAACCCCCCUGCCCUCACAGAAAGUGCCUGCCUGUGCGCUCUCUCUCCCACUCCCCCCACCCAUGCCUUUUCCCUUCUGAGCUCCUGCAGUGCAGUGGAAGAGGAGAGAGCCACAGCCCCCAAAUCCUAUGCAAUAAAGUGCCUCCUAGGACUGCCCAAACGAGUUCUUUAUCUGCAGUGUGCAUGCCCCUCACAGCUUGGCGCAGGCGCUUCCAUGCGAGCUGCACAGAAGUGGGCGUGGUAUGGUUUAUUAGGAAGGGCACAGAGUCUAUUCCCAUCCAGGGUCCUACGAGUGGGCUGGAGGGGAAGGGAGCUGGAUCUCAGUGGGCUUUCUUGCUGUGCUGGAUGCUCUUGGGGAAAGGCUGGGGGCCCAG